AUGCUGCGAGGGCGGGCCGCCCGUUGUCUGGGUUUGCCGCGAGAACAUCAGACGAGCCGGCUACCAAAGAAGGACAAGAGAAGAAAGAAGGGAAAGGUCGUUUUGAGAAGGGGGGCGUGUUCGCCACCACUUGCACUUGUUCUCAAGGGGUUUUGCAUGAACUUCUAUUUAAUCUACCACUUAAAGCAUAGUGAAGGUGGGUACGGGGGGUCAACGACUGGCUGGGGAUGA